AUGGAAAUAUUCUUUUAUGCAUUGAAAUUACUAAUUAGCCAAUGCAACACUUUUCACGUUACUCAAUUUGACCGGACUCCAUGUUCCUCCCUAUAUAAACACUCCUCAUUUCUUAUCUCUCUCCUCGUCUCCCUCUCUCCAUCUCUCUGUGCAUAGCUAUCUCAUUACAACAUGGCCGGAACACUUGCUAAACGUCACAGAGAAGAAGAAGGAAUUGAUAUUCAAGAUUUUGACGAGAACAGAGAAGCAAAGCUUCACAAGUCAUAUAAUAAUACCGAAAACAAACAGCAUGCACUUGUUUCUUUUCUUGAACAAGAAGAAGAGGAAACUGUAGUUUCCUCUCAAGACUUGUCACUCUUCUUCUCCACCCUCCAACAAGAGCUUUUCUCCGACCCACACGGGGACCACCAGACACUUCUGGUAGACCCCAGCACAGAAGAUUGGAACCCAUGCUCAUACUCAGUGGCAGAAAAGGAAGACAGUAUUGGAGAUGAUGACAAGGAGAGUGUCAUAAGGCACCUUCUAGAAGCUUCUGAUGAUGAGCUUGGGUUACCGAAUGAUGCAGGGGUUGAUCGGACGGCGAGAAGUGGCACUAGUGAUGAAGAUUGUAACGGUGUAGAUGACGAUUGUAAACAGAGCUCAUCAUUAUUUUGUGAUGGACUGUGGGAGCUCGAAGAUGAGGCUGCCAACUAUUAUACGUUGUUGCAGUCUCAACUAUUCAUGUAGUCCUAGCAUAUUUUAAUAUACUACUAAUUUAAUUUCA